AGAGAAUCGUAAACGAAGAUUACCUCAGCUUUGAGAAAUGAUGAUCGUUUAAAACGUUUUCUUCUUUAAUUUUUGUUGAAACGCAUUGGCAGCAUUGAAAUUGAAGCGAAGAAUCCGGCAAUGUUGUGGAGAUCCCGAGAAAAAAAAAUGUUUUAAGACGAAAAUGAGUUGACGUUCUUUUCCUUCAAUUUUAUUUUUCUCUCCUUAAUCGCUCCUUUUGUUGGAAACGUCGAUUUGGAAGGGGAAAAGUCGAGCAAAGAGUUAAAAGCAAUGGAGUCUCGGAUGGAUCAGUACGAAAUUAUGGAACAGAUCGGCCGUGGUGCUUUCGGUGCUGCCAUUCUCGUUCACCACAAAUCCGAGAAGAAAAAGUAUGUGCUGAAGAAGAUCAGACUAGCGCGGCAAACGGAGCGUUGCAGAAAAUCUGCACAUCAAGAAAUGGCUCUUAUUGCGCGAGUUCAACAUCCUUGCAUUGUUGAGUUUAAGGAAGCUUGGGUUGAGAAAGGUUGCUUUGUUUGCAUUGUUACUGGAUAUUGUGAAGGUGGCGAUAUGGCAGGAUUGAUGAAAAAGUCAAAUGGGGUCCAUUUUCCGGAGGAGAAACUCUGCAAGUGGUUUGUGCAGCUACUUCUGGCAGUUGAAUAUCUGCAUUCAAAUUUUGUUCUGCAUCGUGACCUUAAGUGUUCCAAUAUUUUUCUUACAAAAGAUCAAGAUGUUCGCCUUGAGCUGGAGUUCGCUUACUUGGAUAACAAUGAAUUUGAUACUAUUCCAGCUGAUUUUUUUGAUGGAUUGAGCAGUGUUCGAGUCUUGGCUUUGGAUUACAAUCCGUUUAACAAGACUACUGGAUGGUCUAUUCCUGUGGAAUUGGCUAAUUCAUUUCAGUUGACAAAUCUUUCUUUGGUGAACUGUAAUGUGGUUGGUCCAUUGCCUGAGUUUCUAGGGAAGUUGCCAUCUCUUGCAGCACUUAAACUUUCUUAUAACAGAUUGUCCGGUGAGAUUCCGGCGAGUUUCGGUGAGUCUUUGAUGCAGAUUUUGUGGUUGAAUGAUCAAGAUGGUGAAGGGAUGACUGGUACCGUUGAUGUUGUUGCUAAUAUGGUGUCUUUGAAGCAGCUUUGGCUUCAUGGGAAUCAAUUCUCUGGGACAAUCCCUGAGAAUAUUGGGAAUUUGACAUCUUUGAAGGAUCUGAAUCUCAAUAGGAACCAGCUUGUUGGCUUGAUUCCUGGGAGCUUGGCUGAUAUGAGGCUUGAUAACUUGGUUCUGAACAACAAUCAUCUGAUCGGUCGAAUACCGAAGAUAAAAGCCGGUAACUUUUCUUAUGAUUCAAAUUCAUUUUGUCAAUCUAAACCCGGUAUUGCUUGUGCUCCUGAAGUUGAUGCACUUUUGGACUUCCUUGAUGGGAUGAAUUACCCUAUGAAUCUUGUUUCUCAAUGGUCUGGUAACGAUCCUUGUGCUGGUCCAUGGAUGGGAUUGAGUUGCAACCGAAAUUCUCGGGUUUCUAUCAUCAACUUGCCUCGACGUAAUCUUAGUGGUACACUUAGUCCUUCACUUGCAAAGUUAGAAUCAUUGAUGGAAAUUAGACUACAGGGAAAUGAUAUCCAUGGUACGGUUCCUGAGAACUUCACUGAUCUGGGAACUCUGAGAACUUUGGAUAUAAGCGAAAACAAUCUUGAGCCUCCGUUGCCCAAAUUUCAUGACAGCGUGAAGAUCCUCAUCGAAGGAAACCUGCUGUUGAUCGGUAAUCAUACAAGAGAACCUCCUUCCCCUACUAGGACCAACAGUCCUGCACCUGCAGAAUCUCCUCCAAGUGGUCGAUCAGGUGGUAAAGAGUCACCACCAUUGAGAAGAACACCGUCCCCGAAUGGAGCUACCAAAACUAAGUCAUCUACCACCACUGUCAGACAACCGGAGUCCCGAUCCAAUGGUUUCCAAAGAUUCAAACUGCUAAUUGUGGCAGGUACUGCAACCAUUGCUAUUAUGGUUCUUUUAGUGGUUCUGUUUUAUAUAUUCUUUUGUAAGAAGAGAAAAAGAGCUUCUGAGGUGCCUAGUUCAAUUGUUGUUCAUUCGAAAGAUCCAUCCGAUCCCCAAAACAUAGUUAAGAUAGCUGUUUCCAAUAACACCAGUGGAAGCCUAUUUAGUAAAACUGUAACAAGCUCAAGUUGUAGUCAUAGUGGUGCAACACAAAAGUCUCAUGUAACUGAGUCCGGAAACUUGGUCAUUUCUGUUCAAGUACUUCGGAAAGGGACCAACGAUUUUUCCAGAGAGAACGAGCUUGGUAGUGGCGGGUUUGGGACCGUUUACAAGGGUGUACUUGAAGAUGGAACUCAACUAGCAGUUAAGAGGAUGGAAGCUGGGAUCAUAAGCAAUAAGGCAUUGGAUGAAUUUCAAUCCGAAAUAACUGUUCUAUCUAAGGUCCAGCAUCGGCAUCUGGUUUCUCUUUUGGGUUAUUCCAUUGAAGGUAGUGAGAGGCUUCUUGUCUAUGAGUUUAUGUCUCAGGGUGAUCUAAGCAAGCAUCUGUUCCAUUGGAAGAGCUUAAAAUUGGAACCUCUAUCUUGGAGAAGGCGGCUUAGUAUUGCAUUGGAUGUUGCUAGAGGAAUGGAAUAUCUUCAUAACUUGGCUCGACAAACUUUUAUACACCGAGAUCUCAAAUCAUCCAACAUCCUUCUAGAUGAUAACUUUCGAGCAAAAGUUUCGGAUUUCGGUUUGGUGAAACUUGCCCCAGACGGAGAGAAGUCCAUGGCAACUAGACUCGCCGGAACAUUCGGAUACCUAGCACCUGAAUAUGCAGUGAUGGGGAAAAUCAGUACUAAAGUUGAUGUAUUUAGCUAUGGGGUGGUGUUGAUGGAGCUAGUGACUGGAUUAACAGCACUUGAUGAGGGGCGCUCGGAGGAAACCCGUUACUUGGCUGACUGGUUUAGGAGAAUCAAAUCGAAGAAAGACAAGCUUUUAGCCGCAAUCGAUCCAGCUCUUGAAGUGAAUGAGGAAACCUAUGAGAGCAUUGCCACCAUAGCUGAACUAGCAGGCCAUUGCACCGCAAGGGAGCCUUAUCAUCGGCCCGACAUGAGCCAUGCCGUGAAUGAGCUAGCACCUUUAGUUAAGAAGUGGAAGCCGGUCGAUGAUGAAUCAGAGUGUUACUCGGGCAUUGAUUACAACCAGCCACUUCCCCAGAUGUUGAAGGUUUGGCAGGCGGCUGAAAGCCGAGGCGUGAGCUAUACAAGUUUGGAUGAUAGCAAAGGAAGCAUCCCGGCAAAACCUACUGGGUUUGCGGACUCCUUCACAUCGAUCGAUGGUCGAUAA